AUGGAACAUGUAUCAGAGAAGAAAUUUCCAGUUGAUCCCAAGGAUUACAAGUUGUAUGAAGAAAUUGGGGAUGGUGUCAGUGCCACCGUCUACAGGGCACUCUGUAUUCCAUACAACGAAGUUGUUGCCAUCAAGAUAUUAGACCUUGAAAAAUGCAAUAAUGACCUAGUAAGAUGGUUUGUAUUCAAGUACUUAGAGACAAAUAUUUAUAUCCUUUAGAGUUCCAAGACAUCAUGAUUAUUCUCUUGGUUAUUUCUUUUACUUUUCCAAGAAGAGUUUGGUUUUUGCUAGGUUACGAGUUUUUUUUUGCAUUAUUUAAUGUUUAUUUAUUUCAUCAUUUGCUUUCUAUGUAUCGACGAUAAGAUCAAGAUCAAAAAUAAUUAAAAUGUAUAAUGGAAAAGUUAUUUCAGCUAUGGUAACUAAAACCAAAUAACAUAGAAUAAGGAGAGUGAAGGCAAUAAGUACGCUCAAUCUAAGAUUCCAAAAAUUCUGAUCAAGUUAAUCAUGGGCAACUUUUGGUGCUUUCGAAGAAAAACAUAGUUUUGUUACAUUUUCUUUUGUAGAUAACCUUUGACACAAAUCAAACAAACGAAUGCUGGAAAGUCUGGCGAUGUGAUCCAAUGUAGUUGUCCGUGCUGAGAGAAUUUAUAUGUUCAUUUGACAUGUGAUAGUUAGAGUUGGCAACAUAGCAACAAUAUAGAUUUUUAUUCUUGUGACAACACCACUUCAUUCUAUGUGUACUAUCCGGUGAACUUCUGAUUUCUUAACAAAUAUUAUAUUAUUGAUUACAUAAAUGAUUCCCUUGAUGUUGUUACAAAUAAUCCUUUUAAGAUCCAUAGUCUCGUGUCUUGGACUAAUUGUUCCACAGGCUUUGUAGAAUUACUUAUGUUCGGCUUAGUCAUUGUCCAUGCAUUACUGAAUGAUAUAUAUAUAUAUUUAUGCAAAGAAAUUUACUUUCUAUUUUCAGGAUGGAAUUCGGCAUGAAGUGAAGACAAUGAGUUUAAUCAAUCAUCCUAAUUUACUAAAUGCUCAUUGCUCUUUCACUUCGGAUAUGAGUCUUUGGGUUGUGAUGCCUUACUUUUUUGGAGGAUCUUGCCUUCAUAUUAUGAAAUAUGCUCAUCUUGAAGGAUUUGAAGAGCCAGUUAUUGCAACCCUAUUACGUGAGGUUCUUAAAGCCCUCGUUUAUCUCCAUGGCCAGGGCCACAUUGAUAGAGAUGUCAAGGUAUUAUAUGAUUUAUUAGAUUAUUUAUCAAUAUUGACAGUGCUGAUGGAAGAAACCAUCAUUAAUAUUUUUUCGGUAACAGCCUUAAUCUAUGUCGAUCUGUUAGGCAUAUGGUUUUGUGGUGAAAAAGUGUCUCUUGGGUUAGAUAGAUACUUGUUUCUUUGUAUAAGCUUAGAAAUAUGUACAUGCGUUUGUGGAAGUCAAAUGAGAUGUAGGAGGGAAAUAAUGAAGAAUGAAUUCGAAGAAUGUUUAAUGAUAGGAUGCAAUAAAAUUGUGAAAAUUCAUUACAAGGGUGCCCACUCGCUUGGAAACCUCAAAACACAGAUGGGCAGUGGCCAUAUAAGUCUAUAAAUGUGGUAAAGUUUUUGCUAAAUUGAGACCUUUUUUAUAGAGCUUUGAAUAUCUAUCAUCCAUUAUCUGGAAUUUCGUGUUGUUUGUUAAGGUCCCCUAUUCGGGAUGAAAUCUGUGAACCCAAAGGAAAAGGAUCAAUCGGAUGAUGUGAAAGAAUGGAUUUUUUAAUAAAAUUCAGUUCUGCAACACGUGAUAUCAGUGAGGAGUCAUGGGGCUUCUUUCACUUCUGCUAGGUUAUCGUACCACCUUGACAGAACUGUUGAUCCAAAUGAGGUUUGCUCUGGUCUAUGGUUACCCUAGUUGGGAUGUGCUCACCAGAACUCACUGCUACUUGCUCACCUUUAGCAGACAAGCUGACAAGUUCACCCAAUUAAAAAUAGCCAACCAACUAGAAUUGUCUGAAUCCACGACCACAUUUUGGUAGUUCAUUCUAAUAUUUUUCUGUAGUUUAUUAUGAGAUUUCUCCGACUUAUGUAUUUUCUAGGAAUUGCCCAAUUCUAGGCCAAAAAUUGAACAUGUAUCAGAAUUGAGAGGCUAAAACUCCUAUGCCUGAUCCUACUUUUAUUUCCUCGUUGCCUAAUAUAUGAAAGAGGGUCAAAGGAGAGAAAAAGAAAGAAGUAAAUGCAAUCCCUUAUCUUUUUAAUGUCAAUGAAUUUUUACAUUUAAAAAUAAUAAAAAAUGAUUGUUUUAAAUUGGUGAUUCUGAUGAAAUGGAGAAAACAAGUUUUCUGGAAUUUAUAUUGACGAUUCAAAGGGCAAUGUUAGGUUUUGUCUAGAAUUUUGACCUUGCAUGGGUGGUCUGAACUCUAAUACUUUAGGAAUCAUAGAAAUGAAUCAAUGUUGAUUAGUUUUUUAUUUUUGUAGUCUAGUGAAAUAUAUAAAAGUGAGGCAAUUAGGUUUCACUUAGGUAGUAAAUAAACCAGAAUUUAUUGUAUUUGUAUCAGAAUUUAGUAUGUUUUCAGAACCGUAUGAAAUAUUUAGCUGCUUGGCACCAUGAUUGAUUAUAGAUCCUCUAGUAUUCUAGCUAUAUUCUUUCAAGAAAUAAAUGGUAUAAUUGUGUAUAAGUUAUGUUUCUUCUGAUGAGUCGAUAAAAGGUUAAGUAAAUAUAUGGACCUUUUUUUUUUAAUACAUUCGUAUGAAAUUUUGAGCAUUGUACCUUCAUGAAAUGUUAAAAAAAAAUUGUCGUGGUAAGCUUUUAUUUCUGUCUAAUACUCUUUGUCGACACGUUUUCAGGCAGGUAAUAUCUUAAUCGAUGCAAAUGGUGCUGUGAAGUUAGCCGACUUUGGAGUCUCUGCUUGCAUGUUUGAUAUUGGAGAAAGACAACGAUCAAGAAACAGCUUUGUGGGAACUCCAUGCUGGUUCAUUACUUAUCCUUUUUCGUUUCUCAUUGCAUAUCUCAUGUUGCUAUUGGAGUGGUUUGAUUUGGUCCUUGGUAGUCUGAAAAUAUUUCUUUAUGUCAUAUCUCUACAAGACUUAUGUGCAUGCAUAAAAUAUAUGAAAAUAAGAAAGGGUAUUAUAGUCAUUUAAACGUACGUUUGCAUGUUUUUUUCAUAACCCGAACAACAAGCAUACAGACAUCUUAGAAUUAUUUGCUGUUAACUGAUGUGUUGACAUGGUUGAUUCAGACGUAUAUGAUGGACCAUUGGUAUCACAUAUGUGUUGACUUAUUGCUUCCCAUUUCACUAUGCAUGUACAGAAUGGCUCAAGAAGUUAUGCAACCGUUGCAUGGAUAUGAUUGCAAGUGUGUGUGACCACUUAAUGAUUUUCAGAAGUUUUUAUAGUAUUGAUUUUUGUAGUAUUGGUACGUUGAGGAUAUACUGGGCUCAUUUUGGGACUUAUUUCCUCCGAGCAGAGCAGAUAUAUGGUCCUUUGGGAUAACGGCUCUUGAGCUUGCACAUGGCCAUGCUCCAUUUUCGAAGCACCCACCAAUGAAGGUCGAGUUUUGUUAAAUGUGUUUUUUUUUUUUUUGCGUAUACUAGCUUCAUGAAAGUGGUGUUAUGAAUAUUUCUUGAAUUCAACAAUUUGAGUGAUCUCAUUUCUUCUUUUCAUAGGUGUUGCUUUUGACCUUACAAAAUGCACCACCAGGCCUUGACUAUGAAAGAGACAAAAGAUUCUCCAAGGUUCAUUCUUGUUUUUGAAAUUGAUGCUAGGUGUUACUUCUUGAGUGAUGUUGUGAAAUUGAAAAAUCUCUUUACAGUCUUUUAAAGAGAUGGUAGCUGCAUGCUUGGUGAAAGAUCCGAAGAAGCGUCCAUCCUCAGAAAAGCUUUUGAAGCAUAACUUUUUCAAAAAUGGUCGCACAAAUGAAUACUUGGCACGGACGAUCCUUGAUGGCCUUGCUCCACUCGGUGAACGAUUUAGGGAACUAAAAGUAAUAGUCUAA